AGUAGGCACUUGUAUGCUCCAUCUUGUUGGGCUAAUCAUCCAAUAAAAGCAAACAAGCCCCCUUGCAGAUUAGACCUAAUAUCUGCCAUCACAUGGCUUUGUUUCUUAUGAAUACCUGAAAUUUAAUAAUUCAUUAAAGGGACUGUCUCUAGGCCUUGUGAUUAUAUAUUCAUCCCAAUUCCAUUGCCUCAUAUCAAUCUCAACAGCUUCAUUUAGCAAUUAGAGUUCUAAGACCCAAAACUUCCUCUCUUUUCUCUUUUAUCCUAGUCUUCCCUACUACACAAAGUAAAGAAAGAUGAUCAGUGCCAAGAAGCUUAUCAAUCUAACAAGAAAAUGGCAACAAAUGGCUUCAAUUAGGGGAAAAAGAAUCACAUUACCAAGAACCACCAUGGAGGCUGAAACAAACAGUUGCAGCACAUCAUCAGUGGUCGACAAGGGCCACUUUGUCGUUUACAGUGUGGAUCGGAAGCGGUUCGUGCUUCCUUUGGAAUAUUUAAAGAAUAAAAUUGUGAUGGAGCUAUUCAACUUGGCAGAAGAAGAGUUUGGGUUACCAGGCAAUGGGCUACUCAUCUUGCCUUGUGAUGCAAACUUCAUGAAAUAUGUAAUUGCUCUCAUCAAAAGGAAACCAAGUAAAGAAGUGGAGAAAGCAUUGAUCAUGUCAGUAAACAGAGGUCGUUGCUCAUCGCCAUAUCUUUAUCAGAAAAAAAUGAACCAAGACUUUCCAAUAUGGAGCUUCUAAAACAAGAUGUUCCCCUUUUCUCAUAUUUUAAUUGAUCCACACCUCUGUAGACUCAAAUAUGUAAUGAAAAACAUCACAAUUUUUGUAUCUCAUGUUUAGUCUCUUCAAACUAGACAAGCAACCUACUUAUCUA